UACAUUAUAACUAUGAAAGGCGCUCAUCUCCUCCUAGCAUAUUCUCUUUUGGUUCUGUCUUCCUCAUUUGCCUAUGCAUCUGAUCCUAGUCCUCUCCAGGACUACUGCGUAGCCAUCAAUGAUGCCAAGGAUGGUGUGUUUGUUAAUGGGAAGUUCUGCAAGGACCCAAAGCUUGCCAAAGCAGAAGACUUCUUCUUUUCAGGGCUUAACAUUCCCAGAAAUACAUCAAAUCCAGUGGGAUCAACCGUGACUCCUGUCAAUGUUGCCCAAAUACCAGGACUUAACACUCUUGGAAUCUCGUUGGUUCGAAUCGACUAUGCACCUAACGAUGGCCUAAACCCCCCUCACACUCACCCCCGUGCCACGGAGAUACUAGUUGUCCUGGAAGGCACACUUUAUGUUGGCUUUGUUACAUCCAACCCAGAUAAUCGUCUCAUCACCAAAAUCCUAUACCCUGGAGAUGUCUUCGUUUUCCCAAUUGGCCUCAUUCACUUCCAGUUCAAUGUGGGGAAAACCAAUGCUGUAGCUUUUGCUGCUUUGAGCAGCCAGAAUCCAGGUGUGAUUACAAUAGCAAAUGCAGUGUUUGGAGCAAAUCCACCCAUUAAUCCUGAUGUUCUUGUCAAGGCCUUCCAGUUGGACAAGAAUGUGGUGAAAAAUCUUCAGUCAAAAUUCUGGUGGGCUAACAAUUAGAGCAUAUUAUUUCAUCAU